AUUCUGGGCCCAGGUACGUCGGGAUUGGCUGACGAGAACCUGGCCGCUUCGAGAGGCAAGGAAAGCCGAGCUAAGACGAUAUUCCAUCGCCAGUCCAACCGAUUUCGCUUGCGAGACACCGUCGCUCGUGCCACUCGACGAGUUUUUCUGUCUGCUGUGACGUCUUUCGCGUUAUCUCACUGCGAAAACAAAAUCCAAUUGCGUUUCCUGUUAGAAAAUCCAGUGAUCGGGUUACUGGCACAGCGACCAUGUCAAUCACGUUAAUCGUAUUGAUGCCACUUUUACUUUCCAACAAUAAUAAGACUCUCGUUAGAAUUCUCUGCUAAAGUCAGUGUUAACUUUAACACUAAUUUAGUUUUCGCUUAUCAACGUGCAGAAUCUAUAUUUUUACCAGUGCAUGUUCGGUGAAAUUUGAUAGUUGAAGAACUGUGACAAUGAACAAGAUUCAACUUGCAUUCCGUCUGUACGGAAAGAGUGCCUGAAGCGGAAUUAAAUAACAAGAUUGUGGACACAUAAAAGAAAAUGUUUGGACUGUGAGUCGGCAAUUUUACGUGCGAGGUUCAGAGCAAAUACGAAAUGGAUUACUAAAUCAAACAGACGGCCGAACCGUUGGGGAUAAAAAAAUGGUCCUACAAUAAACAGAAUUGCCAUCAACGACAUUACAAACCGAGAUCCAGUUGAACCAUGCUCCCGUCCAAGUUUCUCCAUCCCUCCAAUCCGAAUCCAGCCUCUGACAAUCCCUUGAUUCCGAUAUCGAUGACGACGACGACGAUGGGACCGUCGUCGGCGACCAGCAUGGACGAUGACCCACCGCCUUACAGUGCCGUAAUGGCACAGGACCACGUCGGCUGGUCCUACGACUUUUCCCGUACGGCCCACGCGUACCCAUCGGACAGUGCGACGGUACCCCUGCAAAAUAAUUUUGCGAGAGAGAACGAAAGUCCCUCGAUGCCUUAUCGAUUGUUCAUGUGUGGCUCGGGUAGGACUGUUCUAGAUUUCGACGAUGACGUGCCUGACAGCAAGGACGACGGUGCCAGAACCAACAGGAAAUACGGGGCAAUUUUGGUGGGCGGCGCAGUGAUAAUCUUCCUGAUGGUACUGUCGCUGCUGGUGCGAUUCGUCAUGGACAAAAAUCUGUGGCGGACUUAGCUGUGGACUGACCGGAUUCGGACCUUGGAAUCUCGUUUCGUACUUAAGACAACGGCGCAGCGGCAGCGACGUCGUCGUUCAUAUUAAUUCUAAGUUCACCAGCUUUUCUACAGACUAGUUAAGAUUCGAAUAUCUUGUGAUAUUUUUUACAAUAAAAUUGGAAACUGCAAUGA